CCUUCAGCUCCAACUAGUACUCACACCACCCCUCACACGCACCGCAUGGACGACCUUCUCGACCUCAACUGGUCGUCAGCGUCCCCAGCGACCUCGUCAGCAGCUGGCAACGGCCAAAAGCCACCAGGCACGACGGCUGGCUUGGGCCGCAACUCUGCCGUGUCGAGCUCGUUUGACCUCUUGUCCAAGCCGGCUGGUGCUGGGCCAUCCUACUUUUACUCGUCCAACAGCACCCCGAGAAGCACUACACCCCUCGCUCCCGCUCCUCUACAGGCAGGAAGCAAGCUAAACGGCCUGGGAGCUCCGCUCAACCCGUCAUCACGGACCGCUACGCCCUCGGCUCCAGCAUCUCGUACGAGCCCAGCUCCUGCUGCUCCCAAGUCGUCCGGUGCCGAUGCUUUCUCUUCACUUCUCGGUGGCGCAGGUGCCACUGGUCCUGGAUCAGCCGCGGGGAGCAAGUCGAUGACCAUGGCUGAGCGGCAGGCGCAGCUCUCUGCCGAGAAGGCGGCUAAAGAGGAGCACGAGCGAGCACAGUUUGCUGGUGACGAUGGGUUCUGGGACAAGUUUGGGGACGCGCCGUCUUCAUCCAAGUCGCCUACAAUUAUCGCACCUACUCCUGCUCCUGCGUUGAAGGCUGCCGUUCUCCAGCCCAGCUCGGCACCAACGUCUCGACCGUCAUCAUCUGCUCCGCAAACCAAGAACACUGCCGGGUCACUCUGGGACAACGAGGACUUCCUCUCACCAAGCCCCGUCACGUCGCCGAAACCUGCGUCGUCUCCAUCAGCGGCAUCGGCUGCCCCGGCGGACCCAUGGGACUUUGACGCCCUGUCAGCCGCUGUUCCAGCCCAGUCGAGUGCGAAGCAGAGCCAUGUCAAGCAAGACUACAACUAUGGAUCUGGAGAGGACGAGGACGAUGACCUUCUGGGCGAGCUCGGGCGGCCAGUGCGCCGACGUAGCCCCAAGCCCGAGCCUCCAGCCCGUUCCUCUGCAGGCGGACGGCCCUCGUCUCCUCCGCCACACAUCAUCGGCCAGAUCGUCGAAAUGGGUUUCUCUCCCGCCCAGGCGCGUGCCGCUCUUGCUGCUACAGCCACUGGCGAGGACGUCCAGGCUGCCAUCGAGUCGCUCCUUCCCGGCAGCGGACGAGCCAGCCGAGGGGAUGACCGUCCAAGGCGACACGAGCCCGAGGACUUUGAAGCCGACGACGAACGAGUGGCGCGGGAGAUGCAGUUACGCGAAGAACAGCGGCGUGCACGCCAUGCGGCGCGACGAGCGGGUCCAUCCCGUGAGACGGCGCGUCAGCAGCACGACCAGGGCGAGGAAGGUGGCGACCAGGUGGAUCGCAUCAUGGCGCAGGCGACCGAAGUGGGCUCGUCAAUGCUCUCUGCUGCUACGAGCUUCUGGAACAGAAGUAAGGAGCAGGCAUUGAAGGUGUACGAGGAGCAAAGGCGGGCCCUUGAUGCCCAGCAGGCGGCCAAGCGCGGCAACAAGCCUCCAACAGACGGCCGACCGCGGUGGAUGGUGGAGGCUGAGGAAGCAGGAGGCCACGAACGCAAUGAGCGUGCUCAUCAGUCACCCCAGCGCCAGGAGAGGGGCCAUGGUGGCUUCCGUGACGACAGUGAUGACGAGGUUCUCCCUCCGCGACCUCAGCAGCAGAGGCAGGCGCAGCGUGCCUCUGCAGCGGCACCACCGGCACCUGUGGCCCCCAAGGCCGAGCUCUCCGUCAAGGAACGCGCCGACCUGCUCUUCGCUGAGGAGCCAAAGCGAUACGUCUCGAAGCAUAGACAUCCCAAGGGACGUGGUGGGUCGUCGCCAGCACCCGCCCCGGCAGCGGCUACACCCCAGAGGCCUGCGACGCCCUUACGCACUCGCGAGAUCGUCCCAGCGUCGGCUUCCCAAACCAGCAACGCGGCAACGCACAAGGCCAAGGGCAACGAGCACUUCAAGCUCGGCCGCUUCUCAGAAGCCGAGUCAGCGUACUCGACGGCGAUCAACGCACUGCCUGCGGGCCAUCUUCUGCUAGUCCCGCUGUACAACAACCGCGCGGCAGCAAGGCUGAAGCUUGGCGAGGCAAGCUCUUCGGCCGCCGACAGCACGACUGUUAUCGAGCUUGUCGGCGUGUCCUACCACCCUUCAAAGGAGGUUCCUCUCCCUGCAGCGCUCGCCGAGGUCAAGCUGGGUGACGCGUUAGUCAAGGCUACGACGAAGCGUGCCCAGGCUUGGGAAAUGGCUGAGAAGUGGCGCCAGGCGCUUGAGGACUGGGAACGUGUGCUCGGCUUCGAUGCCGCCCUCAGCGGCGGCAGCGGCGCCGCCAGCAAGUCGCAGGCCAGUGAGGGCAUCAAGCGCUCCAAGGCCAUGCUCAGCGGCGGCACAAGCAGCAACGGCGCGCCCGCUCCAUCACGACCCAAGCCCGCCUCCAAGCCUGCGACACCCCGCCCUUCGCGCCCCGUCGAUGUUUCCAAGUCUUCAGCCGUCAGCGAGCUGCGCAAGGCUGCUGAGGAAGCGGCAAAGGAGGACGACCAGCGCGACGCGCUCAAGGACCAGGUGGACGCCAAGCUCGAGGCCUGGCGCAAGGGCAAGGAGACCAACCUCCGUGCCCUGAUCGCCAGCCUCGACACGGUCCUCUGGGACGAAAUCCUGAAGGGGGGCCUCAAGGUCGGCAUGCACGAGCUCGUGACUGAGAAGCAGGUCAAGAUCAAGUACAUGAAGGUUGUAGCGCGUCUGCAUCCCGACAAGCUGGCCGCCACGUCGGCAAACGUUGAGCAGCGCAUGCUCGCGAACGGCGCAUUUGGUACCCUCGCCGAGGCAUGGGCUGCAUUCAACAACAACUAGACGUGCGAAGGCGCAUACUCAUGCAUCGUGUCAACUUAG